UUCAGGAACAAGGAGGAGACUGGUCAAGAUGUCAGGUAAACGGACGUACGAUGAAGAUGAUGACUUCUCAGAGUCCUCGAACUCCAGUGGAUACGAUGAUGAUCUUGAUGAUCCACUCUUUGGCAGCUCGAAGAAGACAAAGACGUUAACAGUGGCAAAGAGGAAACCUAAUGAAAAAGUAGCAGAGGAGGUUUCAUCAAUGGACCAUUUGGCUCAUUUGCCAACCGGUUAUGUACCAGAUGUCGUAUCAAAGAUGUUUCACAGACACGACUUUUCUUAUCUGGAGCUCAAGCCUGACCAUGCUUCAAGACCCUUGUGGAUAUCACCAAGUGAUGGUAGAAUCAUCCUUGAAAGUUUCUCCCCGCUGGCUGAACAGGCACAAGACUUCUUGGUGACUAUUGCAGAACCUGUAAGCAGACCUAGUCAUAUUCAUGAGUACAGAAUUACUGCUUAUUCGCUAUACGCUGCAGUUUCUGUUGGGCUGGAAACAGCUGAUAUCAUUGCGGUCUUAAACAGACUCUCCAAAGUACCAGUGGCGGAGUCGAUAAUCAACUUUAUUGAGAGUGCAACAGUAUCAUACGGUAAAGUGAAACUGGUUUUGAAACAUAACAGAUACUUUGUUGAAAGUCCGCAAGCCGAUAUAUUGCAAAUGCUUUUAAAGGACCCUGUUAUUGGUGCCUUGAGAGUAGAUUCUGCAAACUUGACGUCGUCUAACGGAUUGACGACAGCAAAGGCUCCGACUCAAGGAGGAUUGGUCAUUCCAGGUACCAAACCGGGCGAGUCCUCUGACAAUGUUGAAGAUAUAUACGCAGCAGUUGUGGGAGAAAAGGCAGCACAGGAAGAAGAGGACGAUGAUGAUGCCUUUGAUGCAGUGCAUUCCUUUGAAAUAUCGAACGACUCUGUUGAGGUUGUCAAAAAAAGAUGCCAGGAAAUUGACUAUCCAGUUCUUGAAGAGUAUGACUUCCGUAACGAUCAGAGAAACCCAGAUCUGGAUAUAGAUUUGAAACCCUCGACACAGAUCAGACCUUACCAGGAGAAGUCCCUGAGUAAGAUGUUUGGUAACGGCCGUGCAAGAUCAGGUAUCAUUGUGCUGCCAUGUGGGGCUGGAAAAACCUUGGUGGGUAUUACUGCUGCUUGUACUAUUAGAAAAUCCGUCAUUGUCCUUUGUACAUCUUCGGUGUCUGUCAUGCAAUGGAGACAACAGUUCUUACAGUGGUGCACAAUUCAACCGGAGAAUGUUGCAGUUUUCACAUCGGACAAUAAGGAAAUGUUUAGAACUGAAGCUGGUCUGGUUGUAUCAACAUAUUCGAUGGUUGCAAACACUAGAAACAGAUCCCAUGAUUCUCAGAAAGUCAUGGACUUUUUAACGUCUAGAGAAUGGGGGUUCAUCAUUUUGGAUGAAGUGCACGUUGUCCCAGCCGCAAUGUUUAGAAGAGUUGUUACCACAAUUGCUGCUCAUGCUAAACUUGGAUUAACAGCCACAUUGGUUAGAGAAGAUGAUAAGAUUAGUGACUUGAAUUUUUUGAUUGGACCAAAAUUGUACGAAGCCAAUUGGAUGGAUUUGGCUCAGAAGGGUCACAUUGCAAAUGUCCAAUGUGCCGAAGUAUGGUGUCCAAUGACAUCAGAAUUCUAUCAAGAGUACCUGCGUGAAAGUGCAAGAAAGAGAAUGCUUCUAUAUAUUAUGAACCCUACCAAAUUUCAGGCUUGUCAAUUCUUGAUUCAUUAUCACGAGAAGCGUGGUGAUAAAAUCAUUGUUUUUGCUGAUAACGUCUAUGCCCUUCAAGAGUACGCACUAAAGCUUGGAAAGCCAUUUAUCUACGGUGGCACUCCUCAACAGGAGCGUAUGAACAUUCUACAAAAUUUCCAGUAUAACGACCAGGUGAACACAAUCUUCCUUUCAAAGGUUGGUGACACUUCAAUUGAUUUACCAGAGGCGACAUGUCUGAUUCAAAUUUCUUCGCACUAUGGUUCUCGUCGUCAAGAAGCUCAGCGUCUGGGUAGAAUUUUAAGAGCUAAAAGAAGAAAUGAUGAAGGUUUCAACGCAUUCUUUUAUUCUCUGGUUUCCAAGGAUACGCAAGAGAUGUAUUAUUCCACUAAGAGACAGGCUUUCUUAGUCGACCAAGGCUAUGCGUUCAAAGUCAUUACUCAUCUUCACGGAAUGGAGACCUUGCCGAACCUUGCUUAUGCUUCAGCUAGAGAAAGAAGGGAGCUGUUACAGGAAGUGUUGUUGAAGAAUGAAGAUGCAGCAGGGUUGGAAGUUGGUGACGAUGCUGAUAACUCUUCAAUAGCAAGAAAAGAUGGUCUCAAACGUGCUCAACAGAGUUCUGCUGGCCAGAAGAAGGCUAAAGCACAGAGAACUGCUGGAUCACUGGCCUCUUUAGCUGGUGGUGAGGAUAUGGCAUACGUGGAAUACACUGGAAAUAAGAACAAGGAGCUGAAAGAGCAUCAUCCAUUGAUCCAAAAGAUGUACUAUAAAAAGGGGAAGAAAUGAAGCGAACUACUAUAUAGUAUAGUCUGAUAUAUAUAACGACAUAACACACUUUUAUUAAUUAAUUAUCAACGUUAUUUGA